AUCUGAGAUACCUUAUGCGAUGUAUACAGCAUAGCUAGCAAGCUAUUAUCAACACUUCUUGACAAUAACAUUCAGAGGAACGGUUCUUGGACGGAAAUUGCGUCACGACAACCGGAAGAUCAAUAUUAUUUGGAGAUGGCGGCGUCCAUGAGCAACGUGGACGAGAUUCGGAAUCGAGUGAUUUUGAACGAAUUUGGCGUCAGGAAUGUCCACACCACCGACUUCCCUGGUAAUUACCCGGGUUAUGAUGAUGCUUGGGACCAGAAGAAAUUUGAACGGAAUUUCAGAAUUGACGUGAUUCAUAUGGACGAGAGUACCCUGGAAUUUGAUAUGGUGGGGAUAGAUGCUGCCAUAGCAAAUGCUUUUCGGCGAAUAUUGCUUGCUGAGGUACCCACAAUGGCUGUGGAGAAGGUGUUCAUCUACAACAACACUUCAAUUAUCCAAGAUGAGAUUCUAGCUCACAGACUGGGUUUGAUUCCCAUCAAAGCUGACCCACGCCUGUUUGAGUACCGAAAUUCAGGUGAUGAUGAAGGCACUGAGAUUGACACGAUUCAGCUUCAGCUGAAGAUCAAGUGCACCAGAAACCCCAGGGCGACCAAAGACUCUUCUGAUCCUAGUGAACUCUAUCUAAACCAUAUGGUGUACUCCAGGGACAUGAAGUGGGUCCCUAUUGGGAACCAAGCUGAUGUGUUUCCUGAAGGCAGCAUCGGGCCAGUCCAUGGAGAUAUCCUUCUGGCUCAACUGCGGCCUGGACAGGAGCUGGAUAUCAUCAUGCAUUGUGUCAAGGGCAUUGGUAAAGAUCAUGCAAAGUUCUCCCCAGUGGCCACAGCCAGUUACAGGCUGCUCCCAGAGAUCACGCUGUUGCAGCCUGUGGAAGGGGAGACGGCUGAACGACUGAAGCGCUGCUUUUCCCCAGGAGUCAUUGAGGUGGAGAACAUUGGGGGGAAGCAGGUUGCCAAAGUGGUGAACAGUCGCUUGGAUACCUGCAGUCGUGAGGUGCUCCGACAUGACGACCUCAAGAACUUAGUGAAACUGGCAAGAGUGCGGGACCAUUUCAUCUUUUCAGUGGAGUCCACUGGGAUCCUGCCACCAGAGGUUCUGGUCAGUGAAGCCAUUAAAGUCCUCAUGGCCAAAUGCCAGAAAUUCCUCGGUGAACUGGACUCUGCUGAGAUGGAGUGAUAAAAUGGAAGGAUUGGGAGCACAAAGGGGCAACGCAUGGGCCAGCUGAACCUGUGCAAUCAGACAGUUAGAACUUGGAAUAUAUUGGCUAAAAUGGAGGGUCACUCCCAAAAUAUUAGGAACUGGUUGGCUAUUAGAAGUUGUACCACCACAGUUGCUGUCAACAUUACUAUAGUUUUAGCUAUGUCCCCAACAUCGUGGUGUGAUUUUUGUUCAGAAAAAAAUAUGUAAAUAGUAAAUUUACAGUAUAUUUCUAUGUUUUUUUUGUUGAUGAAACAAAGUGAUCUUCAUGUCAUCCUUUUCACUGAAAGAGAAGAUACAAUUUCAU